AUGGACACCGUAGGUUAUUACACAGGCAACAGCUACUGUCUGCACAACACGGGUUCAAUGGCUGCAGGGUUGAACUUCCACCAGCCGGCGUCCGACCAGAUGCAGCAAACGCGGACAGCGAAACAGCCGCUGUCACCACACACGCUCACCGUCGCAGAACGAUUAGCCGAGAUCCUGCUGGAGGUGAGGUACGGGAGCCAGCACCAACGACAGAGACGGACCCGGACAGCGUUCACGUCCCCACAGCUUCGGGCUCUGGAGAAAGCGUUCCAGAAAACACACUACCCCGACGGGGAGACCAGAGAGCGACUGGCAGCCACCAUCAGCCUGCCCGAGGCAAGAAUUCAGGUGUGGUUCAAGAACAGACGGGCCAAGCAUCGCAAGGGGCAGCAAAGCGCGGGGAAAGACAGAGUCGGGGCUGAAGAGGACGAAAGCCGCGAGAGAGAGGGGGAGCGCGGAGAGGGAAACAGGGGGAAGCCCUGGGAAGGCGAACUCUCCGUCCGCGGGAGGGAGCCCCGCUCGACGGGAUCCGUUGGCUCCGCAGAAAUCCCCCCGCGACCUGCGUUAAGAGCUGCGCGUAACAGAGCGAAGCCAGCAGCGUGUGCGCUAUCUGCUAGUCCAGAUUUGGUCCCAGAGAGCAGGUUAAUCAGCCCUGGGCUGGGGGAGCGUGACACUGUGCAACAGGAUGUGGGUGUGAAGAAGCACGUUCGAUAUCCCAUCGCUUCAGCAAGUACUUUUCUCCGGGAUCCCCGCUAUCGGAUCCAGCCCGGGAUGCCCACUUCCUUUCUGGACGUUAGCGCAGAUCUCCUCCUCGCAGCUUUGUACCCCUCGUAUUGCCAGGGUGUCUUACACGCUCGCCAGGCUUGUCCUAAUCUCUGCGCCCAUCAUACCCAAACCCUGCCACCUCUCAUCCAACCUCAAUCCGCCAGCUUUGAGAGCCUGUGA